AUGUCAGGACUGAGUCAUAUCAAUCUUAAAUCGGAUGAUCCAUUUGAUUUAUUCUCUGAUUGGUGUGAAGAAAUUAAAAAAUCCUCCGAUAAUAAGCCACGUUCGCGAAAUGUUGUACUUGAAAAAUGGGAUAAGAAUGGAUUUUUGUUUACGUCGGAUAAUCGUAGUCGUUUAGCAAAAGAAAUUGCAAAUAAUAACUCAGCAUCAAUUUGCAUUUUUUGGAAAUAUAAAAACGAAAUGGGAGAAACUAUUUUACGCCAGAUAAGAAUUGAAGGACACGUUGAGGAGCUUGCUCGAAAUGAGGUGGAAAAAAUUUACGAGGCCAAACCAUUGUACGCUAAAAUUCGUUCUCAUUUGUGUCACCAAGAUGCUGUUGUCGAUUGGAAUCAAAUGAAAAAACAACAUGAUGAGUUAUUGAAAAAAGUUGAAGCCAAGGAAAUAUCUUUGGCGAUUCCAGAUCAUUUUGUUGGAUACAAAGUUGUGCCAACAUGGAUGGAAUUUUAUGACUCAAAAGUUUCAUUCAUUGCUGAUCGACUUGAAUUUAUAAAAAAUAUUAAUGAUGAUACCUGA